ACAGCGAAGCGUAGCGCCGCUACGGCAAUAGCUGUGGUCGCAUUACUGCACGCAGCCGCUGGCGGCCUGAAGAUGCGACGCGGGCUGCGGGACCUGGCGCUCGACGCCCAGGCUCACCGGGCCCGAAUCGCCCGUCUGGCCACGGCCGUCAACAAGAUGAUCGACGAGUACCUGGGCACUAGGUCGGUAGUGAUGUUCGCUGACGAGGUGAACCGCAGCGAGUUGGGCCAGCGGCUGCUGGUCGACAUGGGCCACCCAAGGCUGCUGGUGCACUCGUCGGCGGCCACUGACGCGCGGCUGGCCAACGGGCUCGUCGUGUACCUGCAACGCGGCCAAGCGGUGGACCGGGACGGCCGGUCGACCGUCUACGACGCGGUGCUGAGCCGGCUGCCGUCCAGCGACCACUCGCGGCACAUGGUGCUGUGGGACGAGAUGCAGCGGCCGGGCGACCGCGUCGACCUGCACCGCAUACAGAUGCUGUUCGAGGCGUUCUGGCACUAUCAACUCGUCGACGUGGCCGUCCUGGUGCCAGUGUCCACCGGCAGCGUGCGCGUGUACGCGUUCAACCCGUACACCGGGUCCCGGUGUAACGGAGCCGGUCCGCCGAUCAUGGUCAACGUCUGGAGCAGCUCGACGAACGCUUUCGUCAAGCCCGACAGAGUAUUCGGCAUGGACAACAAGCUGAAAGACUUGCACAAAUGUCCGUUGAAAUGCUUGGGCAUACACAGGCCACCCGUAUCAACGAUAGUGCAAACAGAGAAAGGCUUUCAACUGUCGGGGUCAGGUUUGCGCAUCAUCAAUUUCAUGCAGGAGUACAUGAACUUCACUGGUAUCGUGACUAUGGCCGUAGGCCAUUCAGAGGUACAUUUCGUCUCCGAAACAGCCUUAUCGGACAACGAUAGUUCACCAAUCGGUGUGAAGGUGAAACAUGGAAAGGUGGACUUGGCAUUCGGUCGGUUCACGAGAAUUUUCGACAGCGAAUCCGACGUGGAGUUUAUCAAGGAAGAUCAGAUGGACUGUUUCACGUGGGGCUUGCCCAGCGGCAUUGGUCACGACCCGACGUUGUGGAUCAACUACGUGGCGGAAUUUUCUCUAGUCAUCUGGAUAUUGAUCAUACUGAGCAUAAUAUUGGCGUUUGGCGUUGUCGUUGCACUUUCGCAGCUCAUGUCCACACUUCAACGGCCAGUGACGACGGUCCAGUGGAGUCCGUUAUUCAUUCUGUUUUACACGUAUGGUACGUUCAUCGGCGCUCCCAUCAAAGUCACGCCCAAAUCGUGCGCAUUGCAAGUGUUUCUGUCUAACUGGUUACUGUACAGCCUGGUAGUGACGAGCGCGUAUCAGGCGUAUUUGGGUAGUUUGAUAACCAUACCACAAAUGACGCCCGAAAUUAACGACCAGCACACGUUGCUGAAGACCGAUUUGAACUUAGUAGGCAGAAAAGACAUGUACUAUUUGAUCAACUCAUCAGCAGGCUCUAGCAACGAUUUCAAAGAGUUGGUUGACCGCUAUCAGAUAUUACCUCCUGAAGACUUCGGUCACUUCAUCCAAAGGAUAUUAUUAAAAAAAGACACAGCCGUCUUGGCAUCCAAACGCGAACUGAUAUUUUAUGCGCAAAGGUAUAAGACUAUUUUUAACGACUCGAGACACCUACACGUUUUGCCCACAUGUACGAUUGAAUCAUACUCGUCGACAUUUAUGCUUCGAAAGGGAUCGCCGUUUCGGCAUAGAAUUAGUACCAUUAUGUCACGACUCUCAGAAACAGGUAUUAUGCAGCAAUGGGAUAGGGAAACCCUCAAAGAAGAACUGGUACAUAAUAUUGCGUUUACCGAGGAUACGACUCUUUCUAUGUCACAAUCUUUCGGAGCAUUUGUGGUUUUAUUUUUUGGUUUGUUUUUGGGCUUCUGUGUGUUUAUUGGCGAAAUCGUUGUGUACAUUAUGAAUACAUUUUGUAUAAGGCAUAAAAAACAAAUCAUGUUCAUAAAUUGACUACAAAACAAAA